AUGAGAUUCCUCAAUGUGGGGCGUGCGAAGCCCCAUCAGCGCUCCGUUACGUUGCUUUUAUUUCUCCUGAUCGUCUUGUUGGCUCAACUGGCCUCUGCCCAACAGGAUCCCAAUACCGACGUUGCUGCAACUACUGCGCAAACGACCGAGGGCACGAAGGCCACAGAUCCAGCGACUACAGACGCGGGGAAGACCACCGAUUCGAAAUCGACGGCCGAUCGCACAACUACAGAUGCUACAACUACAGAAGCUUCGACCACGACGUCUACCACCGACUUAGCGGGCUCGACUGCAACGUCUGCAACCUCAACAGACGGCUUCCCUGUGGUGACCGUGCCACCGACAGCGGAUGCGCCGUACAUGCAAAAAUCGAACACCCCCGAAGGGACAGUUUUUAUUGCUGUAGGUGCAGCCCUAGGUUUCAUUGGGCUGGCGGUGCUGGCAUGGCGUGGGCUCGUCGCAUGGUCGGUCAACCGAUCCGUCCGCCGCGCCGCAUUGAUGCACGCCUCGGAAAAGAAAGGGCUCAUUCGGUCCAAGAGGAAGAGGUCAUCAAGGCAUUCCCGCGCUGUACCCGCAAGCAUGUCACUCGAAAAGCUUCCCCCACACCACCGCAACAGCUACAAUCCAAGAGCAUCCAAUAUCCCCAGUACUGGUAGCGGUCUUUUCUUCUCUCCGACCGCAGGCGCCGGAAUGCAUACAAGCGGAAACAGAGGAUCCAGCUACCUUCCGGCGGGCUACUAUGCUGCAGGGAACGCUGCGCCCACGGGGAGUCAGAACAUCCCAUACUCGACGCCAGAAACGCGACCCCACUCGCAGGGCUACAUUCGCACCAAAUCCAAUCCUAGCCCUCCUAGGUCGCCGGGCCUAUCGCCUGGCGGUCUACAUGACACUCACUAUGAUCCUCCCACCAGGCAUUCGUAUGUCGCAGGCUCUACCAGCUCCUUGAAUCUUGCCUCUCCUACCCAUGGACGAACUCCCAGUGCUUUCUUGGAGGACCUUUUUGAAAGCCAUGCCCCUCAAUCAGACAACGGUCAUAGAUGAUUGGGCUUUCAACGGGCGUCGAAACAUGCAUUGUUUUUUAUUUCUUAUUUUCUUUCCUUUUUCAUGUUUUCCUAUCUCGGGUUCACAGCUUUCGACCCAUACAUACAGGAUCUCGUUUAACAUAUACUUAAGUUAAUAUUCAUGUCUCUAUACGAGUCACGCAUGGCCAUGCCAGUGACAUUCUACUCCUGUUUGAUUCUGACGACAAAGAGUGGACUGCAGAUUGGCUGAGUCAAGACGGGCAGGGCUGUGAUUGAUUAUGUACAUUUUCAUUUUCCUUCUCAAUGGUUGAUACUAGCCUUCUGUUAAUGAUAAGCCUGAUAAUUGUCUAUAUGCUCGCUGAGUAU